UUCCAUUCAUUUUUUUUCACGGCCUUUUUUCUUGGUUUACCUUCUACCAAUCAAUUGACUUGAUGAUUUUUAGCCUUUUGUUUACCUAUUAGUCAAUUAAUUAAUGUUACAUUUGUCAAUGACGUUUACGGUUCUCUAGUUAAAUAAUAAAUUAAUAAUCUACUUGAUCUAAUCUUCAUCCUAAUGAGCCAAUUGGAGAGUAGUGAACCACAGCCUCCUGUUUUUCAACAUAAAUUAGGUGAUAAAGUGUUAGCUCGAUGGUCAGAUGGUAAAGAUUAUCCGGGAAUUGUAUCAUCAUAUUUUCCCGACGGGGCAUAUAAUGUCAUCUUCUAUGAUGGUUACAGGAAGAAAGUGAAAGCUAAAUAUAUUGCACCGUUACCAGAAGAUUAUAAUGAGACCUUGGUACCUCCGAGUUCUGUUCCAUCAGUGCCAGUGACGGAAACAACGGCUCCUAUUCAAAUUGAAGGCGAUAAAGCACCUAAAAUGGAAGUGUCGGUAGUACCAGCGGUAAUGACACAUCCUAGUAAAGAGUUUUUCAUCGAGGAAGAUCACAACCAUUUCAAAUGUCCGGCUGAAAAUUGUACAAAAGCAUUUAGAAAAGAGAAAGCCCUAUCUGGACACCUUAAACACUACCAUCCAGAAUUGAACUCUCAAUCUAAAAGGAGAAGUAAACCGCCAGUUAGCAAACAAAAUGAUUUAUCUAAUUUGUUAAAAGAAACGUCAACAAAGAUUCAAGAGGUGAUUGCGCCGCCAAUAGAAGAUAAACCAGUGAAAAAGACAAAUUUAAUGCCAUCCAAAGACUCACAUAAAAGUCCUAGUAAAAGUAAAAAGGACAAAAAUGAUUCACAUAAUACACCAGUCACAGACAAGGAAAGUAAUACUUGUCACAAACCGUCACCUAAAUCAUCUAAUGUCAAAGGAAAUGAUAAAACCAAGAGUAGCUCGAUUAAACCACUGGAAACACCAUUAAAAAUUGACGAGACUCCAAUUCCAAUUAAAACCAAUCAUGAACCUCUAAAUAAUAAUUUGAAUGUAUAUAAGCCCUUGGAAAUCCAAAUGCCAAGUGAAGUAGCGACCUCAAAUCCGCCAAUGACUCUAUUCACUCCUUCUCCUGUGAAAAAGGAGCAAAUCAAUCAACAGAGUAAAAAAGAAACGCAACCUAAAUCAACUAAUAAUCAACCACAGCAACAAUUAAAUCAACCACCGCCUACUGGUAAAAAAAGAGGACGAAAACGAAAAUCAGAAAUAGAAGCUAAUGAAUUGGCGCGUUUAAAAGAAGAAAGCAAAACAAGCAAAGUUCGUGUUGUCGAAAAGGUUUCUAGUGUCUCUCCAUCGAUGAUGUUCAUGGAAGAAUCAAACCCUAUUCCAAAUCCUGUUCUUCCGUUCAGUGAUCCGAGAACUAUACGAGAGAUCCAUGAAAGUGAUGAUGUUGAUGAAUUGGUGAACUGUAUCUGUGAUUUGAGAAAGGAAUCUGGUCUCAUGGUUCAGUGCGAAUGUUGUCUAACUUGGCAACAUGGAUCAUGUCUUGGUAUCAAAGCUGACAAAGAUCUCCCCGAUGUUUAUGUUUGUUUUAUAUGCAAGAAUCCAAGAGGAUCUCGUGAAAAAUGUCGUUAUAAAUAUGAUUGGAAUUGGUUAAGAAAUGGAACUUUACCUUUGUUUCCAGGUUUUGACUCUAGUUCGAGUAAAUUAAAUUCUAAUUUUUUGCGUAAGAAGAAUAUAGUGGCAACCAAUCAACUCCUGAAUGAUGCUUUAGAAGUUUUGAAUAUAAUCCAUGAUUUAAAACACAAGAUCCAGUUGUUAGAUCUGAAAAAUGGUGAUCUAAGUCUUUGGAACACGUCAUGGGUAGCUUCAAAAGAAGCAAAAAUAGUACCACCUCGUGAACAGGAAAUUGUUCAUAAUGACUUCGUUGGUUUAAAAGCAAAUGAAAAUGAUAUGAUUAAUGAUAUAUUGGAUUUUUCUAAAAAUAUUUUGGAAACUGUUACAUCAGAUGAUAAAAACGAUGUACCUGAUGAUCUCGAAAAUGAAAUAGCUGAAGGAACUGAUUUAAUUGAUUUCAUUGCUUCCUCCUACAGUGAAAUGAAUGGAACCAAAGAAGAAGAAACAAUUGCUGAAACACCAGCUCCAGAGAAUCAAACUCUAGAAUCGAAGAUGAUGGACACAUUAGCAACAUCAAAUUUAGAAACACCAUUACCUGAAACAUCUUUAGUGACGGCAAUAGAAGCAUCAACGUUAGAGGUCCAAAAUCAAGAAACAUCAACUUCAAAAGGACCAAUAUUAGCGACUUCGAACUCAGAGCCAUCAACCUUAGAAACACCAAUCUUAGAGAUUCAAACUCAAGAGACACCUAUCUUAGAAACAUCAGCCCCAGAGACAUCAAACUUAGUAUCAACUUUAACAUCGACCUUAACAUCAUCCUUGGCGACUUCGACCUCAGAAGCACCAACGUUGGAAGUACCAUCAUUAGAGACACCAAACUUAGAAACACCAACAUUAGAAACGCCAAAUUUAGAAACACCGAACUUAGAGACACCAACCUUAACAUCAUCAACAUUAACAUCAUCAACAUUAGGGUUACCAGCGUUAGAGAUACCAUCAUUAGAGGUUCCAAACCUUGGGAUAUCAACGCUAGAGCUAUCAAAUUUAAAGCCAUCAACCUUUGAAAGACUGAUAUCAGGAUCUGCAGUUGUCGAGGAAGACCAAACAACUAUAAGGAGACAAAACUUAAUAAAGCACAUCUUGGAUGUUCGCGAGAGAUUGGAGAAGAAGUUAGAUCUUAUUAAAGUGAAAGUUUGUGAAUUAGAAAAAGAAUAUGGUUUAGAUCCAGAUCCUGAUGCAGUAGAGCAAGAUGCUUGUGCCUUCAGAAAUGCAAUCAAAAACCUUUAUGCGGACCUGGAAAUUGUUCACCAAAUGAGUUUAUGUACAACAUUGAACUGACUUCCAAAGGAAUGGACCAGAUCAUGUAAAAAGCUAAUCUCUUAACUCUCAUCUAACUCAACAUUAAACGAUGGGUUAAAAACUGGCAAAAAUAGCCUUAAAAAAUGAAUCUUUUUUGGCUAUCUAUAUUUAAUAAAUUGAACUCAUUAGAGGUUUCAAAAUGGCUCAAUUAAUUGUGAGCUAUAAUUGAAAAAGAACGCUGAUUGCCAAGCCCACAAAAAUCUCUAAGAAUUGUGAAUUUAAAGACAAAAUGAACUUACUCACCAACCCAACAAAUCGCAUUGAAAAAAAAUCAACAAAUGGUAGAGGAAAAAUUAGCUCAAAAAAUUAUUUUCACUUACUUUUAAGAAUUAAAGCCUCAUAAACGUUUAAAAAUGAGGAAUAGCAAAACAGUUCCAAAGUAAACUAAAUUAAUUUCACCAAAUCACUGUUCAACUGGUUGUACAUAAACAAAAUUAAAUCAACAUUCAUUUAAGAAAUUAAUUUGCUGAUUGAUUUAAUUAUCUCGAUGUAAACAUAAAUAAAAGUACAAAAAGUGAUACUGAUUGAUUUAAAGCUAACAUGACUCCAACCUACAAUCCAACAAAAGAUGGCGUUACUCUCUCCGUUAUAAAUAUCGUUCAUUGGGGCGCCUUAACAGCUGCUAAACAUCCAAAUAUUCAUUGUGAUUCCAUUAUUUUUGGUUUUGAAUUAAAUUUAGUUUGAUUGUAAUCAGCCAAUUAUCUCUCACUGUGUCGUUAAGCUGUCAUCUGUAAAUUAAGCGCUUCAAGAAUCUCAGAUUCCUUUUCUCAAA